UUUAUCCUCCACUACAUGUGUGUGCGUGAUAACAGAACUACAUCAGGACCACUCUCUCUGUCUCUCUAGUCACGCUCUAGCUCGCGUGUUGCGCAUCAGAGUUGCCAAAGUGAUGUUUGUCGCCUGCCAGCUGCCGACUAAAUCAGAUCCGACUAAGAACAGUUGUGGAAUGGCCUCUGAACGGGAUGAUUCCAACACAACCAGGAAUCCGACCAACCAGUUUGUGCAGCCGGCGUGGCGCAUCGUGCUGUGGUCGGCGGCUUACAGCACGGUGCUGGCUGUGGCAGUUUUCGGAAACUUGAUUGUGAUUUGGAUUAUUCUUGCGCACAAGCGAAUGAGAACUGUCACCAACUAUUUCCUGCUGAACCUGGCUUUCUCCGAUGUUUCGAUGGCUGCGUUCAACACGCUCAUCAACUUCAUCUACGCGGCUCACGGAGAGUGGUACUUCGGAGAGAUCUACUGCAGGUUUCACAACUUCUUCCCGGUCACCGCUGUGUUCGCCAGCAUCUACUCAAUGACCGCCAUAGCCAUCGACAGGUACAUGGCCAUCAUCCAUCCCCUGAAGCCUCGUCUGUCGGCAAAAGCCACUAUGGGAGUUAUCGUCUGUAUCUGGAGUCUGGCCGUGGUUCUGGCCUUCCCUCUCUGCUACUUCUCCACCACCCGAGCUCUGCCCCGCAGGACCCUCUGCUACGUGGCCUGGCCUCGCAUGGCUGAUGACCCCUUCAUGUAUCAUACCAUAGUGACAGUUCUGGUCUACGUGCUGCCCUUAGUGGUGAUGGGCAUCACUUACACCAUCGUGGGGGUGACUUUGUGGGGAGGGGAGAUCCCAGGAGACUCAUCUGAUAAUUAUCAUGGACAGCUAAGGGCUAAAAGGAAGGUGGUGAAGAUGAUGAUCAUCGUAGUGGUCACCUUUGCCCUCUGCUGGCUCCCCUAUCACGUCUACUUCAUUGCGACAGGUCUUAACAAACGUCUGGUUAAGUGGAAGUACAUCCAGCAGGUUUACCUCUCGGUGCUGUGGCUGGCAAUGAGCUCCACCAUGUACAACCCCAUCAUCUACUGCUGCCUCAACAGCAGGUUCCGGGCCGGCUUCAAGUGGGUUUUCCGCUGCUGUCCCUUUGUCCGGGUCUCAAGCUAUGAUGAGCUGGAGCUCCGAAACACAAGACUUCGACCGGGUCACCAGAGCAGCAUGUGCACCCUCUCUCGGGUCGACACCAGCAUCCUCAGCAAGAAUAAGAGCACUUGUUCCCGUGGACACAGGUCAAGACUCAACUCUGAGCCCAUUAAUAAAGACAGUUAGUUGUCUCCACUGGACACAGUCCAGCUCACUAGGUUUAUUUGACAUAUUAUUUUGAGCUGACAAAUGCCUAUUGGUCUGUUUUUUAUUUACUUAUAUAGCUGAUAAUGUAAAUUAACGUUGUCUGGGUAUAGGUUUUACAGCUGCUAUCUAUCUAUCUAUCUAUCUAUCUAUUUAUCUAUCUAUCUAUCUAUCUAUCUAUCUAUCUAUCUAUCUAUCUAUCUAUCUAUCUAUCUACUUUGAGCUGAUGUUGACAUUUUAUUACAUUUGUUUAAUGUUACACUGUGUGUGCUAUAAUAUAACAUGUUAUUAUAUGCAUUUGAUUAAAUGCUCUGCUCAUUGUAGACCUAUAUUUAUGCCAUCAGACCAUUACUCAGAUGGCUUUCAUCAACAAUAACUGCAGGAUCAUAUUAAUGCUGCUCUUCUAGUGUUAAAGCUCUUAAAUCUAUUAUAAUGACACUGAUAUUAAGCAACCCUGGUUGGAUGUAAUUUCACAAGUGCUUGCUGCUGUAAUUUUUGUUAGUUGGAAAAAGCAUGUGCCAUUUUAAAACAAUUUGUUUAGGACUGAUCUUAGAGUUCCUCUUUACCGUAAGUAUGAUUCAUUUUGUCUAUAAUUUGUGUAUGUACAGUAUGUGCUAUAAUAUUCUGAUGUUUUGGUGCAGACUCAAACACACAUGGACAAAUUAUAUCCUUUACAGUGAAUUAGUGUUUUAUUGUUGCAUUAUGAUGUAGAUUAACUGUGUGAAUGUAAAACCAGUUGAGUUCACUGAACUUGAGAAAACAAGUUUAAGAAACUAGAUAUUAAGUUAAAUCAAUACCUGUAUAGUUACACGUAUGUAUACCAUUUACAGAUUAAAGAGUCUGUUCUUCACUCAUCACUAGGAUCUUAAUUAUAAAGCUAUGGCUGCUCCUAUAGAAUCCACUCACACCAGAAUAUGUACAAACAUAACAACUGCUGCCACUCUCAGAAAUGUUGUUCUAAUAUUGGCGUAGUAAGGACUGAAUUCAAUACCAACCAUCGUCAUAGUUCCCAUUGUUUUUAAUAUCAUGAGAAGAAACAACCAUGACUUACUUACAAGUUUCCAUCAUAUCUGUUUUCUUCCAACCACAAAAAAGAGGGGUCUCCUGAGUGUUAUAAUUCUGAUACAAUGCAUGCUGGGAGGUCUACUAAAAAACAUUACAUAUUUAUUUUCAGUUAAUGAUAAAAGAUGAGUUGAUUCCACUGAAUUCCUAUAUCAUGGUUUACAGUGUAAUAGGUGUAUUAAAGUAAUUAACCUCAUGCAACUUAAUUCAGCAACUCAACCAAAUUGCAUGUAUAGUUAUAGUGCAGUGUUUAAUGAUAUAAAAGCAUGUGUUGUAAAUUG